AGGACAGUCAUCAAAGCAGGCGCUGUUUCUUUGAGCAUUCUGCGCUGGUUCACUUUCAUGUUUUGCAGAUUGUUUCGAAGUUAGAUAACGUAUCAGUUUGAAAUUCUCAUAUUCUGGAACUAUAUUAACCGAAUAAUCAUUUCGUGGACGUCCUGACUGUGCAGUAUACCGGCCAGUUACGACAACGAAACAAUGAAUCUUGUUUGGCUGGCUGUUCUGCGCACGGCUGAAAACACUGCACGCAUUGCUCGGCCUAGCCUGUCGGCACCAGCCGCUUGGAAGCAGUCUGCUGCGAUCGCGCGCAUAAGCUCCUGGGAGCACACAGCUCCAGGAGUUAGCCGCGCAUCGCACAUUCAUACAUUUACUGCCGACAUGAAUUGGUCGGCGAAACUGCAACGCUUACUGGAGAAUUUCGACAUCAUGCGAAUCAGUUUCUAUCAUGAGAAGUGCAAGCUGUUUUUCGUCGGCGACCAGCACAUGGGUUUCAUUCGGCCGAAUGAUUGGAUACAUCUUGCCCCUUACAAGGACGCGUUUCAGUACGACAUCAAAACGAACCGGGUUUUCUUGAAUCCGAGCUGGAAGACGUACGAGGAGCGCAGCGCGAAGGCUGCCGACGUUUUACAAGAUUUACGAAAGAAGAAAAUCUUCAAAACACUGAACGGGUGGAGGAACGAGUGCUACGAAGUCAGUGCCAGGUUCGGAGACAAACCUGGAAUGAAGAUGGAAAGAUCUGCAACAUGCCUAUUCGGUCUGAAGCGAUAUGGAGUACACAUAAAUGGAUACGUGAAGCGGCCCGACGGCUCUAUGAGCGUGUGGUUUCAGCGGAGAUCGGCAACGAAGGAAACCUUUCCAAACAAGAUCGACAACAUGGUGACCGGUGGUUUUUGUGUCGGCUAUACCCUAACUGAGUGUGUCCGAAAAGAAGCCCAAGAGGAGGCAUCGUUGCCAGAUCAUCUGCUCAGUGCAAUCCGGCCAGCUGGGAAUGUGUCGUUCGUGUACGAGGAUGAUCGGGGCAUAUUUCCGGAAACAAUCUUUGUCUUUGACCUGGAGCUUCCUGCAGACUUCGAGCCUCACUGCUCGGACAACGAAGUGGACAACUUCUACCUAAUGGCAAUUCCAGAGGUAAAAAACCUCGUUUUAUCCGAGGAGUUCAAGAUUACAAGUUGCCCCAUCUUGCUGGACUUUUUGGUGAGGCACCACUUCUUGUCACCAGAUGACGAGCCCAACUACUGUCAGCUCAUGGACACCGUGCACAUGCCACUGCACAACUUCUAUCCAUCUGCAAUGGUGCCCACCGAUGAGACCAAGCAUCGCUUCCAUAACAACUCAUCUGCAAUAUAACUUAUUCGUAAAAUGGUUCCUAUGUUAAAGGGAGAGUCCUAUGUACAUAUAUUUAUGCAUACAUGUGCAUACACACAUAUUUAUGUAUACAUUACAUCCAUACACACAGCUUGUGGUGAUGGAAAGAGGUGCUUAAGGGCAAGCUGGCCAACUGCAGCUUUCAGAGAUAGACUUGCACUUCUGUUGCAUUGGCCUAUGUAAUCUCCACCUUAGGUGAAGUGAGUCUUCUGAAAGGCUCAAAUCAAAGGAGAGUGUAAAAACUGCAAACCUGCAAGUCUGAUGUACUCCAGUUGUUUGCUCCAGAAGGAAGCUCUGACGCAUAAAAUUAUCUUUAGCUGUGGUCAUUUGGCAUGGACACAAGAGGCAGGCACAUUUUUGAAAGAAAGCUUCUCUAGCCUGUUAGUACUACUCGCCAAUGUGAUGUGAAGAACGAAAGCACAUGACAGUUUCAGCAGCAUCUCUGGCAUUCCAAUUGCUUGUGCAUCUUCUGGGGUCUGAUCCGAGUGCAUUGCAUACUUGUGUAAACUGUGCUUUGCUUUGCAGACACAUGCUGAUGCUGUAGGACAAACAAGGGAAAGGCAUGUGUUUAGUGCAAGAACAAUGUAGCAAUGGCUUAUAUUCUUAUGAUGGCUACUAUUAAUGCUUGAGGAUAGAUGUAUGGAUGUAUGAGAAGAGAAACAAGUGACAAAGGUACAAGGGGCGAAAAAAAUGAAAGAAGGUAGAGGAACACAUGAACAGUGCGAAUGCCAGUAACUGUUCAAAAUCGAUAGCAAUAUGUACAUGGUGUCCCAUGUAGUUUUAAAACAAAUUAUGGGGUUUUAUGUGCCAAAACCACUUUCUGAUUAUGAGGCACGCCGUAGUGGAGGACUCCGGAAAUUUUGACCACCUGGGAUUCUUUAACGUGCACCUAAAUCUAAGUACACGGGUGUUUUCGCAUUUCGCCCCCAUCGAAAUGCGGCCGCUGUGGCCGGGAUUCGAUCCCGCGACCUUGUGCUCAGCAGCCUAACACCAUAGCCACUGAGCAACCACGGCGGGUUCCAUGUAGUUUUGUCCCACAAUGUCUUAAUGAGUCUGUCUGGUAAAGUAAUCCAUGCUAUGCUAAUGUAGUUAACUGCAAAUUUGGAGAUCGAUAUCUCAGAACUGGUGCUAGUCUCAAGAUGCCUAACAGGACAAGCCUUGACCACUCACUGGCAUCAAUUCUGCAAAUGCUAUAUGCGUGCUAACUAAAAAGUUAAGGACUAACUUACUGGCAAUUACUGAAAUUAUUGUGAAAUUAUCAGGACUAGGUAUGUUUCAAAAAGCAAUCUCAAUGCUGAGCUCGAGGUCGUGGGUUCGAUGCUGGCCGUGGCAGCUGUAUUUCGAUGGGGGCGAAAUGCAGAAAUGGCAGUCUGCUUAGAAAUAAGUGCAUGUUAAAAGCUCCAGGUGGUCAAAAUUAAUCCAAAGUCUCUCACUACAGGUUGUCUCGUAAUCAGAUCAUCGUUCUGCCCUCUAAAAUCCUAGAAUUCAAUUUUUUUUUUAAACAAGCAGCAGUGCUGUUACAAAUCAGCUGGAGUGUUCAGAGAUGAAGCUGCUUCAUGAAAAAGAAAUAUACUAGGUUUGGGACUAACGGAAACCUUUGCUUACAAAGGAGCAUUGUCAUCACAUGUAUGCAGCUAGCACUAUCACAGUUGGCCCGCUGGCGCUGGGCACCACCUGACUGCUGUCUGGCGUCUUCUUUCUGGUGCCCUACAGGAAAACUAAUGCAGUUCUUGCCAGCUCCACAAGCUGUAAAGUGUUUCAACGUGAAGAUGCCACUUCUAUACUGGGGCUGUUGGUAUUGGUUAUCGGCAUAGUCACUUAUUUAUUAUGAGAAAUAAUAUACUUCUUUAUUUUUAGGGUGUCAGAACUGUUUUCCUUUUAGCCAAAAUGUUUUAUUGCCUAUGAAAACCGGUUUAUCAUUCUAUUUCAUUGUAAUGGAAGUAAAACACACUCUGUAAGGGUGUAAUGUACAGAAGCACUAGAUCUGCAACUUGUAGAGGCCACCAUUAAUUGAACACAGGUGCCACUAGUACAUUUUAAAAUGACUAGAUGCUUAGCACUAUGCUGAAAACUGCUGAUGUAAGCUGAUCAUUCAAAAGAUUACAGCAUCCUUCUUGUGUAGGCUGUGUUCUGCAGCACUCACCACUGUGGCUCAGCCACUGGGCCAUUCUGCUGUUGCGCACUAGGUCUUGGUUUGACUCCUAAUCGCAAUGACUGCAUUCUGGUUUGGGAAGAAUGUAAAAGUAUUUCUGUGCUUACAUCUAGGGUGUACAUUAAAAAAACCCAGCUUAUCAGAAAAAUGAACCACAUUCCCCUCUAAUUGCAUCCCUCAUAGCCCAGGUUUAGGGAACUAAACUAGAUUGGUUGUUACUGUGUUGACAAGCGAUCUAGUGACAUCGUCAGCAAGGGAUAAAUGUUGCCGUAUAAGAAAGAAAGUGGGGUGAUGGGGUUCGUGUCAUAACGGCACAGCACGGCAAGUGUCGCAUAGGUGUGACACUUCUAGUAUGAUAGUUGUGACAAGUAAUGCAACAUUUGUGGUUUGAAAUGGGCAUGAGGGCAGAUUAUUUAGGAUAAUUUUUUCCAAAAUGUAGAAUCAGGAUUCUAGUGUUGCACAGUGCCAGAUUAUAAUGUUUGGUGUGCUUUCUUCUGGAGAUCUCAGUAGUCUAGCGUUGUGCAGUGCUACAGGAUGAUACUGAACAUUCUUUUGUCUAAAAAUCUCACAGAUCUCACGCUGAAGCAUUGUAUUAGGCUAUCACAGGUGUCAGUUACAUGAACCUUGUAGCCUGUAAUUUUGUGCUGCGCACUGCAACUUGAAAGUUGAGCUUGCGUUUCGCAGCCCAGUCGCUCUUUUGAAGUGCUGCCUUAUCUUACCACACUGUAGCGGAGGCUUUCUUUUUCAUGUCAUUAUCUUUUAAGGCCAUUUUCAUGAAUUUUUUUACUACGGUGUGAAAAAUUGCAUCCUUUUAUUUGGUGAAGCAUAAACUAGUGCAUAAUCUAGCCUAAGGCAAUAGCGGUAUUAUUUUUUGUUUUACAGUGUUUGCGACUGCAGCUGAAAAAGAAAGUUCAUAGAAUCAUGGUUUAUCUGUCAUAAUCAAUCUUCAUGCAACUCUAACCGUGGCCCCCUGCUGGAUGUUUACGGCAGUUUCAUAGAUAAAUAGGAUGUAUUUCUCAUUUGUUGCGAUUGUGUACUGACGAUGCCACCCGCAUAGGUGGCGAAACGUCUAUGUUUUUGUUAUUUUUCGUUAAGUAAAGCCAGUGAAAACAACAAUUUGAAGCAUGAAAAAUCAUGUGGCCUUUUUCUGUACAUUUUUAUGGUAGAUGAGUAUUCUAGGGUCGUAUAGGCAUGAUCUGUUGCACAGCGUCACAUGGCUUUCUUUUUCUUUAGACAUUUAUGUGGUAGGUAGAAAAUUAAAGCAUCUGGCUAUGUGUUUCAUCCACAGUGAUGGGCGAACAGUAUUACAAGAGUGUAGUUAGAUUUUCCAGAGCUUUAUGAGCACUGCUGGCUGGCUUGGUGUUUGAACUCAACAUUUCUGCUCAUAGCCACGAUGGGGAACUCUCUGCUUCUCACUGAAAAGCUUAGUGCCAAUUUGGAAGCUUAAGAAAGCUGUGUGAAAUAGGAAGGGCAUGUCUGUUUCUCUCAUUUUCUUGAUCAUGAUGUGACCAGGGGCCAUGUUUUUGUGCAGUCACCUUUGACAAAGCUUUGAUCUUGCCUUACCUGUCUUAAGAAAGCAAGAAAUUCUGUAGCGAAGCUGAUGGUGAACACAUCAGAAAAGCUCUUCAGGUUUGCUUCACACAAAAGGACAACUCACUCACAGACAAAGUUGUGAUUGAAGACAGCAAGUCUUCCUCAGCUAAAAUUGCUCUCAAGCAUAGGAGCAUGCAUGUGAAUGAUGUUUAAGAAAUUGUGAGCACUUUGCAGUAAUUACACUGUUCAUCAACAUAGGAUAAUUUAUUAACACUAAAAGACGCAUUUUACUGACUAAGAACUAGUUUGCGCAAGACUGUUCCAUGAUUCACUUCUUGCCAGUGCAUUAGACAUAAAAAUGAUGUCAAAUGGACAUUAGAAUGACGCAUGCUGACCUGCAGAUUCCUUUAGCCAUGUGCCUUCUUCUUUUUUUCUUUUCUUUCCUGUUUCUGCUGAAAUGUGGAUGCUGAAAAUGGUACAUCUGAAAAUGGUAUAUCCCAAAAAUAUGGCCCCUGAUUUUAUUGUCUGUCACACUGUAAAUCAUCAAAGUGUCCUUGAUCAUUCACUUAUAUUACGGAGUCUGUUCAGAGAAAUUGUGUUUACUUCAGUGUGAAACUCUACUGCAUCACUUUUGCGCAAGUGUCUAAACUGUAGCUUUGACAUGCAUCUUAAGUUUACUUGAGGUAUCACAAGGCAUGAACCUGCAGUCAGGCUGUGGCACACUGAUAAUCAAUAAUGUUGGCAGGCAUUUGCCAGAAAACUUGUUAGCAUAGUGAAUUUUUACUACUGUCACUUGCACACUCUAGUAGCACUUUGUCUUGGCAGUUGGGGCACAAUGACGUUUAAUGAUAGCUGUAACCAUAGCCUUAUUGUCCCUUUUAUAUACAGACUUCUGGCUUGUGAUGCUACCAGCUGGUUAGUAGCAAUGUAGGAACACCAUUACUUGCAAAAAUGUAUUUUACAGCUCAGCCUAGUACUGAAUGGCUAUUGAAAUAUGGUGUGAAGAUGAGAGAGAUGCCAAGAGAGAUUACUUGUGCUUAGCUACGUGAAGGUGUAGAAAAUUCCAAGACCACAUAGGACAGAGGGUUUUGCACAGUAAUGUUUUGCCACUUUUUUUUAAUAAGGUUUUGAGAGUUUGGCAGCACCUCUGUAUCACCGUAUUUGCAGGUAUAGUGGGCCUUUCUUCUUUUUUUCCAGUAUUGCCAUCCCUAGAAAGAUAUCUUUUUAAAUUUUGGGCAUGGUUCCAAGUAUACCCCCUCCCCCCCUUUUCCCUGUUUAGUACUUAAAGAAAUGUAGUGAGCUCAGCCUUCAGACAGCGAAAUUCUACAGGAGCAUUGGCCUUAGAUGGCAAGGCUAGGUCUGCAGAUAGUGUGAGCCUGAUGAAAUACAGGGGAUUGAGACGAGCUGGUGUCAGAAAGCUGUCCAGCAUCUCAAGGUUUAAUAGCUUGAUGCACUUCAGUGAUCAAUGCUGUGUCUCUUUCAUAAAGCACAACUGCCUCAGCGCAUGCACAUUUCGUCCCUCUGUGUCUACGGUGCAUAUGAUGCCCUCGUUACAGCACUUUAAGAUGCCGUGGUGGGUGACUUGCUGCCGUUAUGUGCGCUUGUGCAAUUUCCAGCAUAUGUGCAGGUGACUCUGCACAGGUAUGCUCCAAGGUGACAGGCCAUCCAUUGUGGUAUUCUGAAAGGCCUUAUUUCAAGCCCAUAGAUAUGAUUGCAUUGCCUAUUAUUCGGCAUUACAACCUUACUAGUAUACAUUUGUACAUCAUUUGAUUUUUUUUUGUGUCAAAAGUUUCUUCUUGCAUUAUAUAUAAUUGCAUGUGCAUUAAUUUCGUGCAAAUAUAGGAUUUGAACUUCAAAAGUGAUUCAUGUGGUUUGGUAUUUCAAAGGGGGAUUUGAGCUUAGGAUAUUUUAAAUGUUUCACUAGCGUACUAGCAGCGAGUUGAAACAGGAGUAUCGAAAAGUACAUUCUGCUUAGCACCUGUGGAAAGUCCAACAUUAGGUUCUGUCAUAUCAUUGUCAGUUUCGUAUUCCAAAUUUUUGUUUUGCCAAGCCUCUUGUUUUCUAAGCAUGUAGCCUCUGUCCUUCGAGAUUCCCUGCUGUUUCUGUCCCAAACUUUCUAUGCCUACAAUAUUACCGUUUGUAGUGAUAGUAUUCAGGCUAACCUGAACUUUUUGUUAGUCUAUUUUCAGUUUGACAUUGAACAGGCUGUCAGUCAGGAAGAAAGGAAAAUAUUUCCCUGUCAAGAGUUCUGUGUGAGUUACUAUAUUGCAUGUCCUAUUAUUUCUGCACAGGCAUUUUGUGUAAUAAAUUAAGGAAUUCUGUGUUAAAGUUCUUUGUACCUGCUGCAGUGGCUCUGUGGCUAGGGCGUCGUUCUGCUCAGCUUGGGGCAUACGCUUCAUUCCUCACCAUAGCAGCUGCAUCUCAGUUGGGGCAGAAUGCAAGAAGCAUGCGCUCAUAUACAGGCACUCAUUAUGGAACUUAGUUGCUCAAGACAAGCCUGGAGUCUCUCGUUAAAGCAUUGUGCAUUCAUACUGCUCAUUCUUGGGACAUGCAAACUUGUCACUUAUCAAUUACUAAAACUAGCACACUAGUUUUGCGUAGCAAAACUUUGUAUGUUUUGCUAGGCAAGCACUCUAUAAGAGCAUUUGCGAAUAGCACGCGGAGCCAAGUGUACUUGAUGAGUUGGGUCUCAAUGUUUGGCUACUGAAAAAAUAGUGCUAGAGAAGUCGGUGGAAAUGUCUGCCAUUUAUAUACCAUUACUGUUGGUUUCAUGAAUGGCAGUGUUGUGCGUAUCAUUCUGUACACCUAAGGCAGACCUUGCAUACCUUGCGGUUUUAUCUUGAAAGUGGCAAAAAUUUAUUCGGCAUGGAGUCUAUAACUUCUUUGUGGGGCAUCCCCGCAAGAUAGCUGUGCAUAUGCAACUGCAAAGUGGCUGUUGUUGCGAUGGAAAAUAUGUGUACACUAGUUUCUAUAUGCUGCUGCUUGGCCCCUUGGCAAGAGGUUUAAUGUAUUGCCUUGUCACACAUGUACCAAAGCAAGUCACUUUAAAUGAGGUACUGCAUGAAAUUGAGGAACAGGUUAACUGCUUACUCCCAACAGAGUUGUGUAUGCUGUAAAAUCAUUGCUGUGAGUUUUGUCACCAUCUGCUACCAGCAAAUUUGGUGUAUUAUGUAGCUUUUAUGAAAAUUUUAUGCAAAUCUUGCUGCAUUGCAUUUGUAAAGCUUUGUUAAGGUUGUGCAGUAAUGAAUGUUGUGGACCUCAGCUUGCAACCAUAUAUAUAUAUAUAUUAUUUUUGUGGCAACAUGAUUGAUGUGAUACCUGCUGAGCAAAAUUUAGCCUUGCUGGUGCCUCACCAUGUAUAACAUGUAUGAAAUUUCUAAGGGUGAAAGCAAAUACCAAUUUGUGUUUUGCAUGUUCAUACCCAAUUCCUGCUUGUGAUUUGAUUGUUUCUUAGAUACAGGAGCAGAAUAGAAAAGCGGUACUGUAGCAUAAUGCUGCUGUGAUGAAGUCUUGUUUGUUCUUGUCAAUCUGUGUGGCAACUGAUUAAAUUGCAAUUGCAGUAAAUUUUAGUGGUUGGCCCUACAGUGUGCCUAACAUCCUCAUUACGUUAGGCACACUUUAUUUUAUGUGUAUGCGUCGAUCUACAAUAUAGACCUUUGUGAUGCGCUAUUAUGCAUUUCAUGUUUACUACCACAGCAAAUGCUGAAGACAAGAUUGCUGACCACAAAAGUUAGUAUCAGGGUGUACAAAUGAAGCUAGGCCAACGAGCAGAUAAACCAUUUCCAAAAAGGCCUGAGUGAGCAACAUGGUACGCUCAUGUAUUGUCCAAAAAGAGCAGAAUCCUUCAUCCAAGCAACAGUAAAUGUUAAUAUAAUGGCAGUAGCCUAAAACAUUCGUGUCUCAGCUCUGCUUAUCAGAAACAUUGACAAAAGGUAGUAUUAUUUAUUGAUUAGAUUAGAAAUUAUCAGGAUGAGAGUUUUUAGGGUGCUGCAAGCAUACUUAGUAAAGGGUGCAUUAACAGCUCUGUCAUUCUGAGUCACCUAAGAAAGUAAUAAAUGGAAAGAUGCAGAGAGAUGAGGAUAUAUGCCAAAUCACCAUAUUUUAGAAACAAAUGACUGCUAGCAUGCUAAAAAACUGGUUUAAAAAUAACUGGAUACAUUCAGAAGAACAAAAACAAAUCCACCUAUAGCAAGCAUAACUGUAUGUCCUGAUUAGUAUAUAAACUUUUCAGCUUUCAUGCAGUAGAUGUAACAUUAAUAUGCUACCUUUAAUGGUGCUCAGGAUGUCGCAACUUAGUUGACAUACUACACUAAUUUUGGCGUACUGAAGGUGUGUUUUAUCGAAGUGCUAGUACGCAUGGAAAACAUUAUUGUGUAUAUAUUUCUUACCUUUUUGAAUACCGGUUACUUAAAGCUUACAAUGAAGUGCAGAAUUCCUGUAACAUCAGCAUAUAUCUUCUGGAAGUAUAACCCUAAUGUUUCACUCUUUUGAAGUACUGUACAAGUGUUAAAGCAGGGGCUCCCGAAGUGUAUAUUGAGUGGGGUGGAAGGGGGCUGGAGUUGGAGCUUGUUUCGCCUAUACAAUAUUUUUGUUGUUAUUGUGAAACCGAGGCCUAAUUUACUAUAGUGGAGAGGGAGUCGCUCUCAGGGCUAGAGGGCAGGGGCAGUGCCACACUGUGAUGUAAACUAUGGGAGCAGACAGGAGGGGUGCUCCUGUCUGCUCCCAUCAUCAGUAAUGAAUCAUAACAUCAUCAUUAGAACAAUUUCUUGUGCACCUGCAUAUUGAAAUUAUUCUUUUUUUUGUAUUUUAUUCAGUGGGGAAUGCGGAAAAAAAUGCUGAACUUGACUCUAAAAUUUGAAGGAAUUGUCUUUUGGUUUUGAACAUAGAAUAUAGCAACCUUAUCUGAUAGUUUGCUUUUGGUCCACCCAGUCUGACCAAAUUAUGGUAUGAAAACAUAUGGCAUACAGUCAGUGGAAGCAUAUGCUUUCUUGAAAUGCCUGUAAUGGAAGGGGUGUGUGAUGGCUGACCCUAAACCCUCAGCGAUUCUGGCCUCAUGCCAGGUUUACCACUCACACUCUCACGUCGAUUGAGCCAAUUAGGCUUCUUAGGCACAUUUUGUAGCAUUUGACUUUUCUGGCAGUUGUCUAAACGCAUACACCGAUAAAUGAGCCACUUAUGACCUCAUUUUGUAUCAGCCAAGCUGUAUGGCUUCAUGAUUCAUAUACAAAAAAAAGAAAGAACAUGGAAAUUUUGAUGGUAUGUUAAUGUCCGAAAAAGAAUAUGUGUUGUUUUAGACUCUGAGAAAGUCGAUGCAUUUUAAAUGUUGGAAUGUUUAUCUUACUGUCAAGGUGUCUUCUUAAAGGAAUGCCGAUGAGAAAUAUUGACUUAAUCCAGUCUGCGUGAAUACCCUUUUAGAAAUCUCUCAAGGUUAACUUCACGUUGAGAGAUGACUUUGUUGCAGAGGAAAUUGCGAUAGAGGCUACACAAUUCCUCGGUGAUUCAAUCUGCCUGCUACGGCAGGGCCAUUAAUGUGGGCAUCUUGCACUGCUCUGUUAGUCUCGUAGUUUGUGCUCUGGUGCAAGCUUCUAUCUGUUCUGAGUAUGAGGGUCCUGCCGAACCACUGUCUUGCAUUUAACAGCACCAGCAUUGGUUAUGUAGUUAUUUUACUUGAGAAUCGAAUUAACUUGGGCAAAUUUCAUUUUCUGUAGUGCUUAAAUGAAACAGCCACAAUUUAUUAAUCACAGGGCAUCAGACAUCUCACGAAUUUUCACAUUGGCAGUGCCAAUCAUUUUUUACAUUCUUAUCAUUUUGUCGCUUAUUAAAAGCUUUUUUUAUUGGUAAGAGUGGCAUAUGGACAUUUUGCAGCGCUAGUCUAUAUCACUGACUUAUGACUUGAUUGAUAUAUAUAUUGACUUAAUGUUAGUGUUUAGUGUCCCUUUUAAGCAAAAUGUAAACUAUUUGGACAGUAAACUGUGUUUAUGCAAGUGGUCUUAUUAAAAUUACAGCAUGUUCCUUUUUGGGUUGUUGUAUGCCGCCCACCCAUCUUUAUUGAAGUUUUACUUUCUUUGAUAUUCGUUUACUGUCCCAUUUAUGCAAUUGUCAUGAGGGCCUGCUGUGAGUUAUGCACAAUUGCAUUUUAGUAACUGGUAUUCAAAGUGAAUGUUAAAGCUUGGAUGGUGCAAAGUUUUUCGAUAAAGUCUUGCACUUUUUGUGAAGAGGUCUGCAGCGAGAAACCAAUCGCUUUUUCUCUUUUUCGUUUACUUCUGCCAUAAACUUUAGAUCAUAUGAAUUAUUACUGAAUACUUGCAGUGUGUAUGUGCAUGCGUGUGUGUUUGCUUGCAUGUGUGUAUGAGAGAGAUAAAGAGGAAAGAUAUUGGUGACCGGUAUUGAUUCUAGUGUAAUAUUCUGGGGUAUUCACUGGAUUGCAGAACAUUUUCUUUUCUCUGUACGUAUAUAUGUAGUUCACGUACCUGAGAAGUUUGAGCGUGGCCUUAUGUAGUACACUAUGUUUUCAUUGUCCGGUAAGAUUGGCUCCAUGCUGACCUUGAUUGUUUAGUUGAUUCUCCUUUUUUUUUUUUCACAUGACAUGAGAAUUCGCAACCAUGCUGUAACAAAUUAUGCAGCAUAUGAGCUAGUCUUCAGUUUUGCUUCCACACAGACAGACAUCACUUGCAAAGGUGUAACUAACAUGUUGAGUACUUUUGUUGUUAGGAGGACAUGACCAGUCCAAUCCACCUUGUGGAUGCGGUCAUUUGUGCUGCACUACUUCUCGUUGUGUAUUUUUCAGCUCAUACCGACUCUUUGUAGAGAUUACCAGAUAAGAGUCUCCUUCCUUUUAUGGAUCCAUUUUUGUCAUUAUUUAAUACAAAAGACAGGCCAAUACUAAUGGGUUGUUUGUGCCAUUGGAAAUGAUGGUGCUUCAGCUAUGUGGUUAUGAAACUGUGAUUUUUUUUCUCUAUGUGUAUAGUUACAGUGUUUGUCUUGAGAAGGCUUGGUUACGUAGUGUAAAACUUGCUGAUGGGACAUUGAUGCAGUUAGUGGUGAACUAUCGUUGAGGGUUCCAGUAGCUUGCAGUGUAUCAUGUACGCAGUGAAUGCUGUGCCUGAAUGUUUGAAUUUGAAUUGAGUUAAUGCACCGGCACAAAGCAGAAUCUGGUUGGUUAUAAAAGUGAAAAUUGGUUAGUUAGCACCUUGUCUUGGUUACUGCAUUGAACAUUCCUCAGAGCAACAGUGCUAUUUCUGAGAUUGUUCUUUCUGUGAACUGCUGAAGCUUGUAUGGUGCCUGCACUUUUUCUUUUCUGGAGGAGUUGAGAGAGACAGAUGUAUAUGACACAUGUAUGCAGCAUGUGAUGCGACAUGUGUGAGAAGAAUGUUUUGAACAGCAAAUAAAGCAGUCUGCACAGCAUGUGUUGCACUACUA